GACAAGCAUCAAGAUGGGCUGAACCUCACCUGGUGUUAAAAAAAAAAAAAAAAACUGUAUCCUUGACUGACUGAUGAGCCACAGGGGCCUGCCACUGUGCUCAUGACAGAUAAAGAUGUGGACAUAAGGCAAGAGAGGAAAGAUAAAGCGAGCUGCACAUCAAGGAGGAGACAUAAGAGGGAAACUCUACUUCAUUUUGAGAAUUUCUGUCAGGUCCAAAGAACAGUAAACACAGUAUGUCGACUGUGGGGUGGUUAACGCUUUUAUUUUGCAUGUUACUGAUGUUGGGGCAAGGACUGAGCCUGCCUCGCAUGGUCCGUUCUGAACACCACGGAAACGCGACCCAAACAAGAAGCGAUCACGGAACGACAUCCUCAAGUCCGCACACGGGAUCGGACUCUGGUCAUGAUGCGACGGAAGAGAGUCAUGGUCACGCCGAUGGUGGUGGUCACGAAAGUGAGCCCAUCACGACUCUACCCAUUGUGUCCUGGAAGUGGAGCCACGUCUCUGUCCCAUACCUGGUGGCUCUGUGGGUUUUGGUCUCCUGGAUCUGCAAACUUAUCAUUGAGGCCAACCAUCAUGUGACUAACAUAAUCCCAGAGAGCGCCCUGCUGAUUUGCUUCGGCUUCAUCCUCGGUGGCAUGAUCUGGGGAGCAGACAAGGUCCAGACCUUCAAGUUGACCCCAACCGUCUUCUUCUUCUACCUGCUGCCUCAAAUCAUCCUGGAUGCAGGCUACUUCAUGCCAAACAAGCUGUUCUUCAGCAACAUGGGAACCAUCCUGGUCUACGCUAUUAUUGGGACUUGCUGGAAUGCUGCUAGCGUGGGCCUCUCGCUGUGGGGAUGUCACAAGGGAGGAGCCAUGGGCGAUCUGAAUAUCGGCCUUCUGCAGUACCUUCUGUUCGGCAGUCUGAUUGCCGCUGUGGACCCGGUGGCUGUCCUCGCUGUAUUUGAACAGGUCCAUGUCAAUGAGGUCCUCUUCAUCCUGGUGUUUGGAGAGUCUCUCCUCAACGAUGGUGUGACAGUGGUGCUCUUCAACGUAUUUGAUUCAUUUGUCUCCCUGGGAGGAUCCCAAAUUGAUGCUGUGGAGAUCAUCAAAGGAAUAGUUUCCUUCUUUGUGGUGGCAUUCGGCGGCUCCCUGCUCGGCAUGGUGUUUGGUUUGCUGCUCUCUCUUCUAACCAGAUGCACUAAGAACAUUCAGAUCAUCGAGGCAGGCUUUAUCUUUGUGUUGGGGUACCUCUCCUACCUCACUGCUGAGAUGCUCUCCCUCUCAGCCAUUCUUGCAAUCGUUUUCUGUGGCGUCAGCUGCCAAAAGUACAUCAAUGCAAACAUGGACGAAAGGUCCGUCACCACAGUCAGAUAUGCCAUGAAGGUGCUCGCCAAUGGGUCAGAAACCAUCAUAUUUGUCUUCCUCGGAAUCUCAGCCGUUGAUAAGACGUUAUGGGUGUGGAACACAGGCUUUGUUCUCCUCACACUCCUCUUCAUUUUUGUAUAUCGCUUCAUUGGUGUGUUUUUCCUAACCUGGAUCAUGAACAAAUUCCGCCUGGUGCCCUUGGAGGUGAUCGAUCAGAUUAUCAUGAGCUACGGUGGCCUGCGAGGAGCGGUUGCCUAUGGCCUGGCAGUGAUGCUGGAUGGGAGCAAGAUUGAGGAGAAGAAUUUAAUGGUCUCCACGACACUGAUUGUAGUUUAUUUCACUGUCAUCCUUCAGGGAGUAACAAUGAAACCUCUUGUCACCUGGCUCAAAGUAAAAAGAGCUGCAGUAUGUGAUGUCACACUUAUUGAAAAACUGCAGAACAAGGUCUUUGAUCACAUGCUGGUCGCCAUCGAAGAUAUAUCAGGACAAAUUGGACACAACUACAUGAGAGACAAGUGGAGUCAUUUUGAGGAGAAGUGGAUGUCUAGAGUUUUCAUGAAGCCCUCUGCAAGGAAGAAUCGUGACUAUGUCUUCAAAGUUUUCCAUAAACUGAACCUUAAGGAUGCCAUGAGUUAUGUAGCUGAGGGUGAGCGCGAUGGAUCUCUGGAGUUUAUCCGCAACGAAUCUGCAUUUGUUGACUUCAAGAAGUAUGGGGAAAAAUUCCCAGUGGUGAUGCCAGACAUCAUGGCUGACAUGGCAGAUGACCAUGGUACCAUGUUGCCUAUGGGACGAAACCCUGUGCCAUCAGUGAGCUUGGAAAUGCAUGAACAGACACUAAAAGGUGUGAGGGAAGCAGAAGACAUCAGCAGCCACCAUCUUCUGCAACAACACUUGUACAAAGGAAGGAAACAGCACCGACACAGGUACAGCCGUAGUCAUUUUGAGGUCAACAAGGAUGAAAAUGAGGUGCAGGAGAUCUUCCAGAGGACCAUGAGAAGUCGUUUGGAGUCAUUUAAGUCCGCAAAGAUGGGUGUUGCUCCGCCAAAGACGAUAACCAAGCACCAAAAGAAAGACCAGCAACAAAAGAUGUCCUCUGGAAAACCAAAUGAUAAAAGUAAAACCUACCAUUCUGGUGAUGAAGAUUUUGAGUUCUCAGAGGGCGACAGCGCAUCUGGCUAUGAAGCAUCAAGAGACUCCAUCGCCAUGAGGGUCACCUACACAGCUGGAGCUGGAAUUGAGAAUCCAGCGUUUAUGCCAGAUCUGGACUCAAUGGCGCCGAUGCAGAUCCCGCCAUGGUUAGCGGAGGCCGAGCUCGAUAGCGGCACGGUGGCUCCUUCCCAAAGGGCCCAAGUCAGCCUGCCGUGGACCCCCAGCAACCUGAGACGCCUUGCCCCACUAAGGAUCAGCACUCGCUCCACAGACUCAUUCAUGCAAGCUGACACACCACCAACACAAGACAGGGAGGAAGAGGACUUUCCUCCGCCAUCAACACCACCACCGCCACCGCCUUCUGACAGACAUGGUGGUCACAUGUAGCCCCCCUGUUCGUAUCGUUAACUUGGCUGCCAAAGACACAGAACCUUUACCUCAGACUUUGCACUGUCUCCUGUCAAAAUAUAGUCAAGGGAAUGUUUUUUUUUUUCUCCCUAUGAGACUGGUUAAACUCGAGCCUUUAUAACCUUUGUACUCUUGACAUUUUGACCAAACGUAGCUUCAUCGACAACAUGGUGGACGACUGGUUAGCGCAUUUGCCUCACAGUUUUGAGGACCAGGAUUCAAAACCUGGCCCUACCUGUGUGGAAUUUGCAUCUUCUCCCUGUGCCUCCGUGGGUUUUCUCCAGGUGCUUCGCUAUCCUCCCAAAUCCCAAAAACAUGGAUAGGACGACUGAAGACUUUAAAUUGCCCGUAGGUGUGAAUGUGAGUGCAAACGGUUGUAUAUGUGCCCUGCGAUUGGCUGGCAACCAGUUCAGGGUGUACUACGCCUCUCAUCUACAGUAAGCUGGGAUAGGCAAGAGCACACCCGCGAUCCUCGUGAGGAUAAGCAGGACAGAAAAUAGAUAGCUGUAGCUUAAUUUUCCCCGUUUCCUAAAUACACAUGGGAGAUGCAUGCAUGCACACUGGCAUGAUAUUUAUCUAACGUGUUAAAUAUUAUGAUGCACAAUAUGUUGUUUCAAGUGCCAAAUGCACAACCAAACAUCUUAUCCAAAUUGUAGAAGCGUUUUUCAAUGUAUGUAAUAUGUACAGAUUUUUAUUUAUAAAAGUAAUCCAUUCCAUCAAAGCAAUGUGAAGACUAGAAUGCAGCAUUAGAUAUAUUUGGAUCUGCAUUUCUUUAAACAUGACCGCCACCACUUAAGAUGAAACAAAGUAUGAAGAGCUAAACAUCUAGCUGCCUUAAUGAUUCAGGCAUGUAUUUAUUAACAAAUGUUUUUUUGUAUUCACAAAGGAAAUUGAAUCUCAAAUAUUUGAAAGAAAGUCAGCAGGAAUUAUUUACUGUAGCUCCUAUGAAAAAUCAUGCACUUUGACUAGUUAAAAUAUUGAAUUGUUUGGAACUGGAUGUAUUUUUUUAUUAUUAAAAAGAGGGGAAAAAAUUGAGCUGUUGUUUUUUUUUUUGACACAAUUUGUGCAAAUAGGGUUACAAAUGGUAUCAAUUUCCUCUACAUGACACAAAUGAACCAAGUACAGUACAGUAUGAGUAAUUGUUUACAAACAAAGCAGUAUAUUUCAGGGUACCAUCUGUGUGAAAGGGCAUUGUAACUUCAGAAGUUGUGGUUUUUUUUUUGGAGGAGGGAGGUCACACAUUGUCCAAAUAGUCUCAUGGAAAUCAAUUUCUUCUCCUUUAAAUAGAUUCUACUCUACACUAGUAACAAGCACAAGAGGCAAAGACCAAAAGUCCUAAGGAAAAACUCAAAACUCAUUUGGGAGAAAAAAAAAAACUUUGAGAAGUGGGAACAGAUGGCGGAAUCCCACUUCCACGAUGAACAGACUCCAACUGAUGCCUAGUGGGCAACGUUUUUCACAUAAUAUGAUGAUGUACGAUCAUAACUAAAACAGAAUAUGAGUCAUUUUAAUGACAUGAAGUGCCACAGGGAAAGUCAAUGCCCUCCACAGGAAGUGGUCAAACAGGGCUAUGAUUGGCUAGGAAUUUCUUCUCCUUACUACAGUUUAGGCUAGUCAAGUAAUUUCCAUCUACUGUGCUGUGGCGAUUUAGCGUACAGUGCGAGAUCAUCAGGUGCUCCAUGAGAAAUUAUCAUGAUAUUUCAUUUCAAGAUGAUUGGAGAAGGCAACAAGGUGGGGCAACUGGUUAGAGCAUUGGCCUCACAGUUCUCAGGAACGGGGGUUCAAACCCUGGCCCCGCCUGUGUGGAGUUUACAUGUUUUCGCGCCGUCUGUGUGGGUUUUCCCCAGGCACUCUGGUUUCCUCCCACCUACCCAAAACAUGCAUUAAUUGGAGACUUUAAAUUGACCCUCGGUGUAUUGUGAGUGCGACUGAUUGUCAGUCUCCAUAUGCCCUGCGAUUGGCUGGCAAUCAGUUCAGGGUUUAGCCCGCCUCCUGCCCUAUG